CCUUCUACUAGCUGGGGGCAGGGAAGGCAUUUCCUUCUCUGCUGGGCCCACAUCUGCUGACUGGACAAAGGGCUGCAUGUGACCCUGUCUGUGGAGAUACCCUAAAACCCUCACAGCAGGCCCAGGCUAGGCCCAAGUGUGAUCUGUGGGAGGAGACCAUUGGUAGCAGUGAAGGCUGGGGUCCUUGAGCUUCUGUUUUCCACCAUGUGCCUGGAGUGCCAGGUACUUGCUCAGCUCUUUUUCCUGGGGCUUGGCCUACAGAGAUCUUGGCACCACUGCCUUCCUUAGCUGAGCCUAGGACAGAGAUGUUUACCAGACACCUGGAUACGGGGUCUUUCAACAGUGAGGGAUGCUUGGCUUUGCUGGGGUCAGCUUUCGCCCCUCUGCAGCCUCCUCUUCCAAGGACCCUCUUGGUGGCUCUGUCACUGUCUAUACCAUAGUCCCUGCUUGUGAUGCUUGACCUCAUCUGGAUCCUGGUCUUUUCCCACCCAUUCCCCAGGAUGGCUGAGGUCUGCUCUGGGCUCACUCACACUGUCCUACCUUUUCAGUGUUCACAUUUUCUAGUGCAGAGGAUGUGACUGGGGAGGAGAAAGAGGAGACCUGUCUCCCUGAGGCAGUAUCUGCUGCAACCACCUCUCCCUCGCUCCUCCCUCCUCCCUCCUCCCCAGGCCCCACACUGAUUCCUGCUCAGGCAUCCUAGAAGGAGCCUCCCCCAGGAAGUCCUCCCUGGUGGUGGCUCCUCCUUUAUGCCUACACUGUCCCUGCAUCCUGUUCUCACAGAGGGAGGUGGCACUCAGGGAGAGGGGCUGAUCUGAAGACACUAUUGUUUCUUUUUUUUUUUUUUUUUUUUUUUUUUUUGGUUCUUUUUUUUCGGAGCUGGGGACCGAACCCAGGGCCUUGCGCUUCCUAGGUAAGCGCUCUACCACUGAGCUAAAUCCCCAGCCCCGACACUAUUGUUUCUUGCUGCCAGCUCGCAAGCCCUGGACCUUCUCAGCCAGGUCUGGGCUUGCCUUUAGUGACCCUGCGUUGUGGGCCUCCGUUGUUGUUUGCUGAAGGCAGUUUACCUGAAGGCUCAGGGGCAGGAAUGGUGCAUUGCUGGGUGGAUAGAAAGCUUGGCUCUGGGCCCAAGAGGCUGCUGUCAGGAAGUCUCAGGCCUGCAGAGAGAACAUAAGAAUACCUCAGAAGCCCAGUACCCUGUGUAUACGUACACAGCUGCUCAAAUACAUACAUACACACAGAUGUACACACACACACACACACACACACACACACACACACACACAAAGGUACAUACACCCACAUGGCUUUAGAGGUACACCGAAGCCCCAGUACACACACACACACGCUCACAUGCAGAGGCUUGCAGCACACAGACCCAAGACCCUGAGGCAUGUGCCCAAUGUAGACCCCCAAGUACAGAACUCAGUGUGGGAAUUCUUCACCCACCAUAUCACACACUCACACGAAGAUUCUUGUGGACACAGUCUCCUCUUCUCGUCGCACAGACACACACCUUCCCUCUGGAGCAUCCCAGCCUUCACCCACCACAGCAGCCCCAAGGGGCACAGGCGUGUAGGUCUGGCAGCUAGCUGUAGUUUCCUAGGAAACGCUGUCACCGCCAUGUCAUCAGAGAGCCUGGGGAGGCCUGGGGAGGCCUGGGACAUAUGCUGAAUAAGCCCAGCACCUAUCUGGAGCUUGAGCUCAGGAGAUGGAGAGGGGAUGCUCACUCAAGGACAAGCGUCACUCCGUUAAGCCCCUGUGCUAGAACCUGAAGGAGAAAGCUGGCGUGGGUACCUUUUUUAUAUCUCCUUGUCUCCUCUCAGGUCUGCAAAGCCCACAGAGUGCUUUUGUUCAUGAGACAUGUGUUUUCCUGGAGAUACAAAAUGCCAUGAGAAUGAGGAGCCGUAGAAAGGGAACCCUAGAGGCCAGCUUUCCCAGAGGAAACAGGAUGACAGUGGAGCUAUGAGACUCCGCACAGGCAGAGAGGAACAAAAGCCUCGCUGAGGGCCCUGGCUACAGCCUCUUUCUCAGUUUUGCUCCUGAGCAACCUUGAGUGUUGGUUCAUAUGUUGAUGGAGCAGAGGUAGGGCCAGGAAGAUGAGAGAGAAACUUAGGAAUCUAGACAGGAUGCCCACUCUAUCCCCUACGGCUUCCAAAGCAUGUCAGGGCCUGUCAUUGGGGCUCUCUGUGGAGCAUAGGGGUGGUGCCUGGGAGGCCUGGACACUGGGGCAGAGUGGAAUGGUCAGAAUGCUAUCAUGGCAGGCUGGAGUGGAUGUGUGGCAGACCCCGCCCUUCCCACCAGAGGAGUCUUUGAUCAUCUCUAGGGCAUCCUUAGGCCAAGAGCUGUGGAUAGACUAUGAGUCACCAGAAAUGGGGGCAUUUAUCUGCAGAAUCCCACCUCUCUUUCUUUCUUGCACUAGCUGCCAACCCCUGGCUCUGCUGGCCCUGAGUUCCAGGUUCUGCAGGAGGCAGGGAGUGUAUGUGCUCCUUGGAGGGAAGAGGUUAAAGCUACAAGAGUAGAAAAGGCAGGAUGGAUGGACAGGGUAGGAGAGGACAGAAGACCUGGGAAGGCAGAAAGUAGAGGGCCCUGGGCAGCUUCACACUCUGAAACAACACCAAGAUCAAGGCUGCCCAGUGCAGGCAGGCCUCUCUCUCCACCUGUCAAGGCUCCACUUCAAGUCUCACUCCUUCUCCUUUUCUCGGGGUCUGUACGUCCAUUCACACAGCACACACGCUUCCCUAGGUGGGGGACUCCAUCAACAGGAGCCAGCCCCAGGCCCCACCUACCUCAUCUACCCGGCUUGCCCACAGUAAUGAUAGUGACUGUAGCAAUCGUGCUGGUGUGAAGGUCGUGGUCCUGAUGGUGUGAGGACGAAGGCAUGGUGAUGGUUAGUUAGGUUAUGAUGGUGGUUGAGUUGAAGAUGAUGGUAGGUAGCAAAGGUGACAGUGAUGAUGAUGGUGGUGGUAAAGUUGAAAGCUCUAAUGGAGACGGUGAAGGGGAUGACGGUGUGGAUGACAGAGGUGAUGGUGGCGAGGAUGAUGAAGGUGUUAAUGAUGAUGUUGAUGAUGGUGGUACACCUCCGACCGACUUCUUAGGCCCCCAGCAUGCAGCCACCAGUGACCCUCGUUGCUUGCUGGAUGCCCGGGGUCCCUGGGGUCAAUCUCUCCUGAGCUCUCAGCCACUGACUCUGACUCAUGGGAAGACAGUGAAAUGUAACCAUCCUGUCUGCUGUGUGAGGAGGUAUGAAUCACACAACCCUCCCCCAAUUUCCACGGAGCUUAAUCAGCUUCUCCAAAGCAAUCUGCUUUCUCUCAGGGCAGAUGACUGGAGUCCCAGCCACUGCGCAGACAUCAUGAGCCCACCUGCUGCUAAUGAAGGUACAGCUUCAAAAACAGCUUGUUGGUAGGUUUUCUUUCGGUUUGUUGUUGUUUUGUUUUGUUUGGUUGGUUGGUUUGGUUUUGGGGGGACUUUUUGGGGUUUUUUUUUUCGUCUUUUUGGUGGACAGGGUUUCUCUGUGUUGGCUAUCGUUGACCUCCUUCUGUAGAGCGUGCUGGCCUCAAAUUCAGAUACCUACCUGCCUCUGUCUCCUGAGUCCUGGGAUUAAAGUUGUGUGUCUUCACCACCCAGCCACGUGUUUGAUUUUUAAAAUACAUUUUUUAAAAAUCCCUUUUAGCAUUUUUUUUUCCUGAUUUGAAAUAUUCCACGUCUGUAGAGUAGAGACGUCAUUCCUGAGGACUAGGAACUUGGACCAAAAAAAAAAAAAAAAAAAAAAAUCUAACUUUUCUAUGCUCACUGAUUUCUGACUCAAACAACCAUUUGCUUCUCUUGAGAAUAUUAGCAGCCAUGGGACUUCAUUUCCAUGGGAACAUAUGUGUUCACCUCACUUCACAGUUGUCUGGAGAAUGUUACGUGUUGCCUGCCCUCACUCCAGCCUCAGGGCCGCAGGGAUGGCUCUGUUGCAAUGGCAUUUUAUAUCCGGUGAACCCUGGAGCACACAAAUUCCUUUUCCCCAUACCUAUGCUGUUGAUGUCUUGGUAAAUAUAUACUUGUGCCACUAUAACUGCAGCCCUUUGUGGCCUUGCGUGUCUGUUCUCCUGGAGCAAUGGGUUGCAGAAUUUGUGUACAAAGGCUUCUACAGGAUGCUGCAGUGGGAGACCUGGCAGUGUGAAUUGACUAUGACCAAACCCAUAGAAUAUGCAGCCCCAAGAGCCCACUCUUAUGUGGCAUGGGGAUGUCUGUUGGUCGCAUUGCCCACUCCGGCUCAGCCAGACAAGUCACCCCACGGCCAGAAGUGAAGGGCAGAGGAACCACAGACAAUAUGCGGGACUCUCCAACUAUGAGUUGACUUUUCUGUAAAUCAAAAUCUACUCUAAGAAGUCAUGUGUCUUUCCUUCUCUCUUUCUUUGCAUUUAUUAAUUGUGAAAUCAAAAGAGCCAAUGCCUGCCAAAGCACCCAGCCACCCACAUGGAGCCACCUGGGAGCAAUGCAAGAGUCUGGGAAAGAGGCCGUGGGUCAGGCCAGCAACUCUGUCACCAGUUGGCUUGCAGGCCUGUGCCUGCCAGAACAGAGUUGCUCUGUGUCUCUCCGUUCGAGGAGUAGCGCUGGAAACCACAGGGCCUCUGCCGAUGGAAGUCAUUACCAGUUAAAACCACGGCAUAGUGAAUGCACGGAAGGAACUGUCACGCUACCCAACCCCACGUGCGCGUGCAGAAUCAGCCGGCAGCCCUGCUCUUUGACACACCUGCCGUGCUCCAUCCCCAGCCCCGGGAAUCUAAAAUUACUUCCUAGCAUCAGAGUUUCCCAUUCUGAGUGUACACGUGCUCCAGUUUCAGCCACUGCAAUCACAGUAAUUAAACCAAAAAGCUCAACUCUGGGAAGAGGCAAGGUAUUUCCAAUUUUGGCAUUGAUAACAUAAUUUAACAUCUGUUCAACAUUCUAGCCCAUGUGCUAGAGGGGGCUGGGGAGUAUAACGCUUUUCAACUCCCAGUAAAUGCUAAUCCAACCACAAAAACUCCAGAGAGGGCAAUACAUUCUCCUGUGAGAGAUCAGCUGUGCAGAGGGGCUGUGGAAGCAGAGCUUGAUGGUUUUUUUUUUUUUUUCCUUCCAUAUUUUAGAAUCUCAGAACCAAACGCAGCUCAACAAUCAGGCUAAGUGAUUAGUCUGCUUUAGCGCUGAUCUGAUUGAAGCUAGACUUUAGCACAUUAAACAUUUUGGAGGAAAACAUGCAAUAUGUGAGGAGGGUGCUGCCAAGCCGAGAAGAGGCCUGUCAUUUGUAGGAACGCUGCCAGUUAGCAGGCGCUCUAGGGAACUGCAUGUAAGACAGGAGACUUGCGACCAGUUAGUCGCCAGGCUGAGAGCAGCGCCCACCGUGCCCACCUUCUGCAGGACCCAAAACAGAACACAUGUGAUCAAAUUCCAGGAGAGAGAAGACGCCUCCGGGCCCGGGUGGACUGUGCUGAGUGCAGUAGAUACCAUGUGCUCCGACUGCCAGCCUCAGAUCCACUGCUAAGGCCGGGAGUGUGUGGAUUGACCUGAAGCUUCAGGCACAGGAGGAGGCUCAGGGCCAGGGAGGCCAUGACUCUGAAUCAAGAGUUCCUUCCUGCGAGCUACUCCAGUGGUUCUCGCAUCGUGAGCCCAGAACAGGGUGAAGUGGGCUCCUGCCUCAUCUCUUGGGCUAAGGCAUGCUGGACACAAGUCUGCAGCAGGGACAUGUGGAGUAUCUGGCUGGGUCCCCCACCAGGGUUACCCUCCCUAGUGACUACCCUUAGCAGCUAGUCUGGUGGCAUGGGCUGGAUGGCUCCAAGUCUGGACAGGAGAGAGGAAGCCCAGAUGAGGCCUUGGAGCUAAAGUACACACAGUCUUUCCCUUCUCUUGACAGAGCUGGUAUGUGUGUGAGUGUGUGUGUGUGUGUGUGUGUGUGUGUGUGUGUGUGUGUGUGUUUAGGGAGUCACAGUGGCUCACCUGUUACUGUAAGUCACUGUUAUGGCACCUACUUGAAAAUGACCCCAAUCUGUAACCCAUGGGACCCGUAGACCAUAUACAAACCUGUGUCUACACGGAAACCAGAGCGCCAGUGUUCUCGCCAGUUUUACUCACAGUGGUGCAAUGGAUGGGCUAUUGGGUCAGAAAAAUGGAGUGUUGUGAAGGUGUGUCAGAGACAAAGGGCUUUCCCAGCUUUUGUAUGGCCCAGGGUUCAAUUCCCAUCGCUUCAGAAAAACACCAACCCAAGACAGCAAAAAUAUUACUGUGAAAUGUGGCUCACCCGUGAAUGCAUACUGCUAACAUGAACACACUUCGAGAAAGAAGCACCAGAUCACAUACACUGUGACUUCCGGGACACAGGGCAUGGGUGUCCAGGAUAGAAUGGCUCCUCAGGCAAAAGUCAGAGUGCUGGUCAUGAGGGUCUGGGGGUAACGCAGUUAAAAGGUGUGGCUUUCCCUUCAGAGGAUAUGAUGCUACCCUCAAAUAGGUUAUAGUGUCUGUCUGUGAACACACUAAUAAAACCCACUCAUUGUACCAGCCUCUCAACAAGUCUCUCAAUGGUCAGGGUGGGCCUCUGUGAUGAGUGGGUAGCAGGAAAGAUUCAGACUUGACAAGGUCCAUCCAGGCUAAUGUCCUCACUGCCUGUGCCUGGUGCUGGGUUCUGGCCUUCCUAUUCCAUGCAAGACUGAAGAAGGUGGACAUGCUUUCCGUGGCUUCCCAGGGACCUUCUAGGGGAGCUGUAUGACUCAUCUGUCCCAAAGUAGGCCCUGCUGUGUGUGCAUCCUGCUCUGUGCAUCUCAAACUCUCUCCCGUGCAAGGAUGUAACCCUUCUGCGAGGUUGUCUGGGGACAUGGGGAGCCAGUCCUAUGCUCCAGAAACCCCGGACAUCUCAGGCCCCUCUGCCCUAACCCCUCCCCUUUCCUACCACCCGUGACUGCCCCCAUCACUACCACCAUGAGCCUUGCUAACAUGUCUCCCUUAUAGUCCAAUCACCACAUGACCCGAGUUCUAUGGGCAGCUACCUACCUCUCUGUCUUAGUCAGGGUUUCUAUUUCUGCACAAACAUCCCAACCAAGAAGGAAACUGGGGAGGAUGGGUUUAUUCUGCUUACACUUCCACAUUGCUGUUCAUCAUCAAAGGAAGUCAGGACUGGAACUCAAGCAGGUCAGGAAACAGGAACUGAAGCAGAGGCCAUGGAGGGACGUUUCUUACUGGCUUGCUUCCCCUGGCUUGCUCAGCUUGCUUUCUCAUAGAACCCAAGACCACCAGCCCAGGGACGGCACCACCCACAAUGGGCUGGGUCCUCCCCACUUGAUCACUAGCUGAGAAAAUACCUUACAGCUGGAUCUCAUGGAGGCAUUUCCUCAACUGAGGCUCCUUUCUCUGUGAUAACUGCAGCUUGUGUCAAGUUGACACAAAACCAGCCAGUGCACUCUCUGUCCUAGUGUCCUCAGACCUCUAUGGUCCCAACUUCUAAUUCCCACCUACGCCCUGCAGACUAGGCCCUAUGCUGCGACUGCUCCUCCCUGCUCUCUUCAGACUGCCACUCCAGUUCCCAGACACCACGGUCCCCUCUAGCUGGGGACAAUGAUUCUGCUCUUCUAUGGGCUUCACAGAGCCCCACUUUCAGGCUCCAUCUCUCCGUUGGCCAGGAAGGUCAGGAAUCCCACUCUUUCUGCUACCUUCUAGAACCACAAGGAAAGAAGCCCUCCCUGUGCCCUACGGUGACCAGGGCCUGCCCGCCCUAGGAAGAGCUUCUGUAGAUCCCAGUGCAAAGCCUAAGGCAGUGUCAGGCAGGGCAGGAGCUAAAAAUAAACCAGCUGGGGCAGAGGCUGGUUGGCGUCUCCAGAGUGGGCAGACAGGAAGAGAGCCUGGGCUGAGGACAGCAGUAGCCAUAGUCCUAGGAGGAGCAGGAGGGGCUGGCCACCGACUCUUACUUGAAUCCACAGGGGCUGUGGGAGGAGGAAGUCAGUCCUGGAUCAUACCUGUGGGCAGCUCCCCACUCCAGCCACAGCCCCUCCUUCUGCCUGGGCAUUGGUCAGUUCUGGAAGCUUCUUUGAGUUUCUGGGGCACAAACCAGCUUAACUUUCCUGAACAGAUGAUGAACCCUCUCAGCCAGGGACAGACAUCAGCCAUUCAGACAGCCCAUCCCUGCCUCUCUGUGUGUGUGUGUGUGGUGUGUGUGUGUGUGUGUGUGGUGUGUGUGUGUGUGUGUGUGUGUGGUGUGUGUGUGGUGUGUGUGUGGUGUGUGUGUGUGGUGUGUGUGUGUAUGUGUGUGCUGUGUGUGUAUGUGUGUGUGGGGGUUUGUGUGUUGUGUGUGUGUGUUGUGUGUGUUGUGUGUGUUGUGGUGUGUGUGUGUGUGGUGUGUGGUGUGGUGUGUGUGUUGUGUGUAUUGUGUGUGUGGGGUGUGUGUGUGUGUGGUGUGUGUGGUGUGGUGUGUGUGUGGUGUGUGUGUGUGUGGUGUGUGUGUGUGUUGUGUGUGUUGUGUGUAUGGGGUGUGUGUGUUGUGUGUGUUGUGUGUGUGGGGUGUGUGUGUGUGUGGAUGUGUGUGGUGUUUUGUGUGUGUGUGUGUUGUGUGUGUGUGUGGGGUGUGUGUGGGGGGUGUGUGGUGUUGUGUGUGUGUGGUGUGUGUGUAUGUGUGUGUGUGUGUGUGUCCCUCUCCUCUUCCUGGCUCACUCCUUCGUGGCAGACAGGGUCAGGGGAGGGGAGGCUCCCAUAGGGGUUAAUCCAUCAGGCCAUUGCUCCUUCUACAGGGUCCAGAGGGACAAGGUACCACCAAACACCAGGCACGCAGGGGGGAUCUCAGGACAUGGGGAGACACGGGGAACAUGGAAGGAGAGACAGGCAGAUCUUCUUGAUGGCAGCAGGCCAAGUCUGAAGAGCAAACAUCUGCGAAUGCCAGAAAGACUCUCUGGGAGGAAAGCAAAGCACAUAUGGGAGGAGCCUAUAGACUGUUAUCUUCUUUCACUAAUGUUAUACCCACCAACAGUGGUUACUUCAGAAUAAGAGAAAAAAGAGACCUAGCAGAGACCACACAGUGGUGUGGCAGCACCAGGCAGCACCUGGAAGUGUCCAGCCUAGGGGCCUUCUACUCAGUGGACAGAGACCAGGAGCUAGUUGGGAGACCUAAGCCCUUGUAGUCCAAGGCUCCAGGCUUGAUG